AUUUUCGGUCCAAGGCCAGAGACCAGACAUUUCUGCAGCUUCUGCUUCAAGUUCAGACCACGGCUUGCCGCAGCUGUUAUCUUGGCUUUAGUUUAGAAAAAACCCAAUGGACAACAACAACACUUUUAGUUCUCUGGACAAUGUCAUGACUAACCAAAAUCCUCUUCUCAUGGAUUUUAUACCUUCAAGAGAAGAUUCAACUACAUUCUCAACAAUGCUUCCAUGGAACUCCAUCAGAUCAGAUCCUCUACAAAUGGGUGGCUUUGAUAUCUUCAAUUCUAUGCUGACUAACAAAUACUUAUCAUCUUCUUCACGGUCUAUCGAUGUUCAAGAUAACCGCAAUGUCGAAAGCUUUGAGUUCCUGGCUCCUCCUCCUCCCCCACUUCAUCCUUUGGAUCAUUUAAGACCUUAUGAUGAUUCCUCAAACAACAUGUGGGGUUUUGAGGCAAAUAGUGAGUUUCAGACAUAUUCAGGUGUUGUUGGUCCAAGUGAACCAAUAAUGUCUACAUUCGGUGAAGAAGAUUUCCCGUUUCUGAUUUCCAAUAAAAGAAACAACGAGCUUUCAUUGAGUCUUGCAACAGAUGUUUCUGAUGAAUGCUCAGAGAUAAGUCUUUGUGCUGCUACUAGAUUAGCAUCAGAGCAAGCUUCUUGCAGCAGCAAAGACAUUUCUAAUAAUGUUGUCACUCAAGGUUUCUCUCAACUUAUAUUUGGCUCAAAGUACCUUCACUCUGUUCAAGAAAUACUAUCUCAUUUUGCCGCAUACUCGCUCGAUUAUUCAUCUCGAGGAACCGAGCCAGGGGCUGCUAGUUCAGCCUUUACUUCACGUUUUGAGGAUAUUACCGAGUUUCCAGAUGGCGAUUCUAAUAACUCGGAGGCGGGUUUUGGAUCUACAUUUCAAAGAAGAGCAUUAGAAGCUAAGAAAACCCAUCUCUUGGAUCUUCUACAAAUGGUGGAUGAUCGAUAUAGUCAUUGCGUAGAUGAGAUUCAUACGGUUGUAUCAGCGUUCCACGCUGCAACCGAAUUAGACCCGCAGUUACACACCCGGUUUGCCCUCCAAACCAUUUCCUUCUUAUACAAGAACCUGAGAGAGAGAAUCUGCAAGAAAAUAAUCUCUAUGGGAUCUGUAUUGGAGAGAGGCAAAGACAAGUCUCAAGAAAACUCUAUGUUUCACCAGCAUUGCCUUCUUCAGCAGCUGAAACGAAAGAACCAUCAGAUUUGGAGACCGCAACGAGGUUUGCCUGAGAAAUCUGUAUCGGUUCUACGGACUUGGAUGUUCCAAAACUUCCUUCACCCUUACCCGAAAGAUUCGGAGAAACAUCUUCUAGCUAUUCGAAGUGGCUUGACAAGGAGUCAGGUAUCAAACUGGUUUAUAAAUGCGCGGGUUAGGCUAUGGAAGCCGAUGAUAGAAGAGAUCGUUUUCGUAUCGUACGAACAAUUAGAAAGUAGAAAAGCAAGACACUUUGCUAAAACUGAGGAAGAAAGUGUGAAGACGGAACUUUUACGGCGAAUGGAGGAAGACAAAGCGGCCAUGACCGGAGCUGUAGCGACCCGAGUCACGAUGGAACCUAGCGAAGACAUACUCAUAUGCGUCGAUGUUGAUGCGGAAUCGACGGUGGAGAUGAAGACCACUGGAGCUAACGGUAAGCCACUGAACAGACUGGAGUGCGUCAAGCUAGCCAUUACUCGCUUUAUUCACGACAAGCUCGCCAGAAAUUCCGAUCACCGCUUUGCUUUCGCUACCCUCUCCAAAUCAGCCGCUUGGCCAAAAAAGGAAUUCACCAGUGAUGCUGAAUCUGCUGCUGCUUCUCUAAGGGAAAUCUCAGCUACUAAUUCCUCUGGUCCAGCGGAUCUCACACUUCUGUUCCAGGAAGCGGCUCAGGAAGCCAAAACUUCCAGAGCACAAAACCGAAUCUUGAGAGUGAUUCUCAUAUACUGCAGGUCAUCCGUGAGACCAACCCAUGAUUGGCCAAUAAACCAGAAGCUUUUCACAUUGGAUGUUAUGUACCUGCACGACAAGUCGGCUCCUGAUAAUUGUACUCACGAUGUGUAUGACUCUCUUGUUGAUGCUUUAGAGCGUGUUUCCGAGUAUGAAGGUUACAUCUUUGAGAGCAGUCACGGGCUUGCGCAGUCUGUUUUCAGGCGUAUGUCAACGUUGUUAUCACAUCCUCCUCAAAGAUGUGCUCAAGUUGAUCUCCCCAAGCCCCCUGAAAAGAAGCCAGCUGUUUCCUGUGAUCAGUCAACCUCGGGUUCAAAGAAAGGAGCAAAGCAACCGUUAGAAAAAACUCCUAAUACAAACACAAAGAGAGUACACAGCCUAGGCAAAGAGAAAGCAUCUGAUCUCAAAAACUAUGAUGAAAAUUUAGUUGGGUCGAGGGUUAAAAUCUGGUGGCCUUUGGAUCGCGCGUAUUAUGAAGCUGUGGUCAUUUCAUAUUAUUCUGCUAAAGCGAGACAUCGGGUUCGCUAUAUUGAUGGAGAUGAAGAAAUCUUAAAUAUGAGAAAAGAAAAGUGGUAUUUUGUGAAUGAACCAAAAUUGCCAAAGGAUAAAGAAGCUAAUCAAACGGGAUGUGAUGAAGAAGCUUCCACAAUGCCCCAGAAGAAGAAAGCUAAGACAAGCAAGGACCAGUCAGUUAAUAAGCAAUCAAAGAUGCUUUCACCAUUUCCACUUUAUGUUAAAAAGGAUGAUGAGGUUCCCCAAAUAUCAAGGAGGCAGGCAGAACAAGUUCUUAGUAGCUGUGCUAGCCAGCUCAAAAAGUAUCUGACAGAAGCAGUGAAAUCGUCGAGCGUCCCCUUGGAUAAGCACAGUGAUGUAGUGGAUUCAAUAUGUGAAGGAGCAUUUGAUGCUUUAAAGCAGGAAGAAGUUGUUGCUAAUGAAAAAGAAGACCGUCAAGGCCCAAGGGAAGCGGCAGUAAAGGCAUGCUUCUUUCUUCCUGAAACCAGCAUUGAAACACUGAAAUUCGUCAUUAGUAAAAAGAAGAUGAAUGUCUUCCUUGCUUAUGUAAGUAGAUUGCUGACUGUAAACUUAUUUUCCGAUCAGCAGGAACAACAGAAAGCAGCAGAAGUUUCUACCCCUGAGCUAACUUCUGUACCUGAGAGGAAACUGAACCUGGAGCAUUCAUUAAGUUUUUGUCCUCAUGAUUCAUCUGUCAAUCCAGCUAUUUCUUCUAUGAAUGAGAAUGGACGUAAGGAUUUGUCCCCGCGACAUGAAACAGUGGCUGAAGGAGGAGUAAAGACGCAGGAAAGGAAAAUCCUUGAGAUGGUUCAACAACCAGUGGCUGAAGAAGAGGAUCUUGCAGAAACUGAGACUCAGACACACAAGCGAGCGCGAGUCGAAAGUUCCAGCCUUCAUAAAGCUGAUGGCGAGAUGGAGAAGAAAGCUGCAGAAGGAGAACCCUCUUGCCGUUCUCAUAAAUCCAGUGCUGAGCCCGGAGACUCGCAGCACAAGAACCUCCCUCAACCUUGCUCUGUCACACAACAGCUGGCUAAGGUUAAACAGAGCAUUUUAGACACUGUAGCCAGUGUAAGACAGUUUCGCUGUGAGCUGGAGAGAAAGGAACAGAGCAUUGUAGACACUUUGAGCAUCGUACGACUGUUUCGUUCUGAGAUCGAGGAAAAGGAAGACAUUCUAGAAGCUUCACUCCUGGAAAUUGACGUGUUAGGGGAGAAGAUAUCGGGAAUCAACAAAAUACUCAACUGAAGAUCAUGAAGUGAAUUGCAAACUCUCCUCUCUUUUUUUUGGUAUCCGGAACUAGUUGGACGAAGGAGUUAAGUAGUUGACAACCAGAGAGAAGUCUUUUUUUGUAUAGCAUGAUCUCUCUCGUUCAAGUCUAAAGACAGUUGAUUUUCGGAAUGUCAAGCCAAAAACCAAUAUAGCAUCGAAAGGCCG